CUUCCUUCGUUUUUCUGCCACGACGUCCAGAGUCUCGCACUUCCUCACUCGUACCCACGGGUUUUCCUUCAUAUCUACCAGUCUCCCUUCCACCACUUCCUUUUAAUUCCUCUCAGUUCACACUUCAUGUUUCUUGUUAAUCGAGCAUCCUUGUUGUACAUGUACUGCAUACUUUUGUUUGGAAGCUACUCGAAGAGUCGAUCGAAUUCGUACAUAGAUAUCCUGCUCUCCCAGCCCAAUCUCAAAGAUCAGGUCAGCGACCUCGAGCCAGGCGAAGGUGUUGAUCCAGAUUCAAACCUUAGGAAAUUUUUAAUUUGGAAAUUCCCAAUCGAGUUUCUUCUGAAAAUCAAAACAAGGCAUAUUUCAAAAAGAGACCGAAAAUAAACUUACUUAUCAGACCAGGCAUGGUCGACCAUUUUUGAAUCUUAGGCGGAAGAGAGAA